GUAUGUAUUCGGGUAUGUUGAUAAUAACAUAUAUAACUUUGAAGCAGGUAACCUACCAACAGUAGACAACAACACUUCAAAGAUUAAAGAUCUCAAUAGUUUCAUUACUUAUCAGAAAAAAUGUAUCUGAGGCUGAUCUUGUCUACCUUUGUGGUUUCUGCCCUUGGAAGGCCCCAGAAUCCUGAAAAUACAAGCCAACAACUUUCCAAUACCCAACAACAAUAUUCCAUUCAACCAUCAGCAAAUGCUACUAUAAUCAAUAAGACUGAGCAAGUUAAUGAAGAUGGUAGCUUCAGCUAUAGUUUCGAAACCAGCGACGGCAUCCGUGUACAACAAAAUGGUUUUCUGAAGAAAUCCGACAACAUUCCUGCAUCUUCAGCGGACAACCAGGAAGCCCAAAAUGAAUCCAUUCAAGUUUUGACGGGAGGGUACUCCUAUGUUGCGCCAAAUGGAGAGACGAUACAGAUUCAAUACACUGCUGAUGAAAAUGGUUAUCAACCUCAGGGAAGUCACAUCCCCACAGUUCCCCCAAGUCAGCCAAAUGUAAUUAAUUCUCUUGAACAGAUCAAUAACAGUCCUCAACAGUACGACCAAGGAAAUGUCGUUACUCGAGAUGUCUCUUCCGAAGAAGAAAUAGAAGGAUCCUCUGAAGAACAAUGAGUCUGAGCAGAAAGACCAAUAUUAUUAUUGCGUGCUAGUACCUCAUUCUUUUUUCAUAGUUAUCAUACCACAUUUUUUUAAUGUGUAAAAUUUUAAAUGGAUUAUUUUUAUUAUAUAUCUGUAAAAUGAAUAUAUAUUUUUAAGA